AUGGACUUUAAUCGUGCUUCUGACGCGGCCGCCGCCCCCGUCGCGGACACGGGUCUGGACCUAAACCCCCAAGGAGGUCUUGACCGUUGUUCUACUUGCUCUACUACCUACACGGCCUCGACGGUAGUCGUGGACAAAGCACAAACACAAACACCCCCGGAGACCAUCGGAGCGGACUCGGAUAAUGACGAUGAUGGCGGUGUCUCUGAUGGCGACAAUAAAAGCAACGACCACGGCCAAGGUAAUCGCCGUGACCGCACCAUGCCCAGCUCCUCUUCCGUACCCCUGCGCUGCCCCUGGCCAGGCUCCACGUACAUAAUCCGCAGCAUAUCGUCCGGUGACGUACUAACGCUCCACGACGGCGAAAUCACACUCGCACCACCACCGUCGACGAGCGCGGCACAGAGCGGCGGCGGGGGUGGCGGCGGUAGUGUGCACUGGGCCUGCACGGAGACGAAAGGCUGGCUGGGCUUCCGGAACGUCGCGUCGGGCAAGUUCCUAGGCUACGACGGCAGUCACGGGCGGGACAAGCGCCACGGUGACCGCGACAGGCACGGCCGCCUCAUCUGCGUCGUCAGCCGGCACCAGGGCUGGGAACACUUCACCGUCAGGCCCCGGCCGCAGGGCGGGUUUCUCCUCCUCACCACGCACUUCGAGAGGCUUUGGCGCGUCGGCAUCCGGCGGGGCGUCGAGCAACAAGCAGGAAGAGGAGGAGGAAAAAGAGAAGGUGCCGAGAGUGGUGGCAAUGCUGGUGCUGGUGGUGGGAUUCUGGCUAAGAUCGACGACGGUGAUACGGCUGGCGAGGAGGUCGUUUGGGAAUUCAUCAAGGUUUAA